UCUGGGAGGCAGCGCUGACAGGGCUGGGUAGGAGAGAAAGCGAGAGGGCGAGGCAAAGUGUUCGGCAGCACCUGGCCAGGUGCGGCAACUGGGCACUUUCUUCAUCUUCUUUCUCUCGUGGCAAAAUGACAAGUACAAGUAAGGGUAGAGUGGCGGGGCGCCUACCUGACGGGAGAACACUUGCAAAAGCUCUGCUGAGCAUCUUGGAUCCGCUCCCUCACGUAAUGCUGGAGCCGGCGGGAUGCAGCGUGCUGAGCUGGAACCUGGCGAGCUGCUGGGAGCACAGUGGUCUUUGGGGGUUGGCAGGAGGGCACAAAGCCUUAAUUCGAGCUCGUUUCUGUUUUGAAGGACUGGCACCCUAGAGUAGUACAGCAAAGGCUUGGUUACUGCAGUUCUCGGUGUGCUUUCCAAGGAUAAAGGUGUGUGCAGCUCAAAUCUUUUGAGGGUAGAGGGAUGCCGAGAGGGAGGGGUGGUAGCCUUCAGAUGGAAGAGUUUGGGUUUGGUCUCAUCUUCCAGCCAGACAUUCAAAAAAUUAGGAGGGGGCAUGCAGCUGAGUACAGGCAGUUUAAUCACCUCGGCUGGCUGGGAAUUAAAGUACAUUAUUCUCCUUCUUUUCUCUGUUAGUGCAGUGGGUUAAGGGCUUUCCCAGUUUCAAGUCUGUUUCUCUUUGGAUUUUGGUGUGGAAAAAAAGCAAUACCUGUGAAGUUCUAGAAAUAUGCUUGAAUGGCACGGGGAUAGAAUGUCUGCAGGGAGCAUCUUUCUGGCAUGAGAGAUCCAUGCAGUGCCCACUCCCACUGAGAGAGAGCCUCUGCAGUAUGUAUGGCAAAUGGAUCACAGUAGAACAGGUUCAGUUUGGUGAAUGGCUAUAUAUCCUCUGGCUAUCAAACUUAAUUGGUAAGUAUAAAUAUAACUGUUGCAAUUUACAUCUGCCAGCAUUUCUUAUGCUCUCGAAUAAGUGCAUUUCUCACAUUGCUCAGAAACAAGCACCUCUCAGUAAGAGCACAGUCACUGGCAUCAACUUUAGCUAUCUCUUGCACAUUCACCCUUUCAGGACCCACCCUCUUUUUUUCUCCUUUUUCAAAAAUGCAGAGGGUUUUGAUACUACAUAGCCAAAAAAUACUUCUGGUAGGUCAGCAGGAAGGUUAUGCAUCUGAAGCAAGGCCAGCUAUUGCAGUGGGGAGACCCUAAUUUGACAGAGCAAAUUCCAGCCUCAGGGUACUACCUUGGUUAAUCUGAACUAGCCGUAUGCUUACAUAGGCAUUACAGAAAAACAGUAGAUGGAAAACACUUUCCAGUACAUGCAUGUAUGCAUAGAUACAUAUAACUCUUCUGCUUUUCAUUAGAGGAAAUAAAAAAAAUGUUUUAUUAGUUUCACUAACCUGGAAUCUCUCCCUUCCCUCAUCUAGAAAUGCCACUCAUAACGCAUAAGAUAUCAGAGCUCAAAAAUAUGUCAGAGCUGAUGGAUUUCCAUGAAAACUUUUGAUAAUGAGAAAAACAAAACUGUAAUAUGCUAAGGCAGACCAAGAUGGGAGAUCCUGCUGGUCAUCUCAUUUAUCUGUCCAGAGCAUGAGGGUUCCCUCCAGGUCACUGUGUAGUGCUUUGCUUAGUAAAUUGAUUGGUUUAACUAAGUCUAAUACAGUGAUGACCUCACCAGUCUUCACUGCUCCAAUGUUAUUCUGAAGGCAGGAGAGUGGAAGACACAGAAGUCUACUUGGAAUAUGAACUAAACUACUAUAUCGAGUGAAGUUUUUGCUUGAGAAAUACACAUUCGCUCAACAAAACAAAAAACACUUUUAAGGGUUAUUCUUGGUGGAAAUCGCUCUAUGCCCUAUUACCCGCUUGAGUGAAACCAGACUAAGAACUUCUGUCAUGGCAGCUUUUCUGCUGGGAGCUGUGUUGCUUAUUGUUCAACCUCAGAUAGUGCCUUCCAGACCAGCUAUAAAUUCAAAUGCUGAGGCUUCUUCUCAGUCUGUUCAGAGAGAGCUUUUAAAGAAAACAUCUCAGAAAAAUGACUUCAAGGAAAACAUUCAUUCUAAUGGAUCAUGUCAGCAGCUGCCACAGACUAUUAUUAUUGGAGUGAGAAAAGGUGGAACAAGAGCUUUGUUAGAGAUGUUGAGUCUCCAUCCAGAUAUUGCAGCAGCAGAAAGUGAAGUUCACUUCUUUGACUGGGAAGAUCAUUACAGGAAUGGAUUGCAGUGGUAUGUUAAUCAAAUGCCCUUCUCGUAUCCCCAUCAGAUCACCGUGGAAAAAACUCCAGCAUAUUUCACAUCACCUAAAGUGCCUGAAAGAGUUUAUAACAUGAACCAAUCAAUGAGACUACUCCUUAUUUUAAGGGACCCAAGUGAGAGAGUACUAUCAGAUUACACCCAAGUGUUCUACAACCACAUGCAGAAGCACAAGCCGUACCCAUCCAUUGAACAGUUCCUGAUUAAAAAUGGUGAACUCAAUCUGGACUACAAGGCAAUAAACAGAAGCUUAUACUACAUUCACAUGCAGAACUGGCUGAAGUAUUUUCCUCUUGAUCGUAUCCACAUUGUAGAUGGGGAUAAACUAAUCAAAGAUCCCUUUCCAGAAAUAGAAAAGGUGGAAAGAUUUCUGAAGUUGUCACCACAGAUAAAUGCUUCAAACUUCUAUUUCAAUAAAACUAAGGGCUUUUACUGCCUGAGGGACAGUGGUAGAGAGCGCUGUUUACAUGAGUCCAAAGGACGAGCGCACCCACAAGUGGAUGCCUGGUUACUGGAGAAACUGCAGGAAUAUUUCCAUGAACCCAACAAGAAGUUUUUCAAGCUUGUGGGCAGAACAUUUGACUGGCACACAUUUGUGGCAAGUUAGUGGUAAGCUUCAGAACCUAUGUUCCAGUGUACAGCUAGAAGAUUUGAAAAGGGCAUUUAAGCUAUUAUUUAUUUGUAAAAUCCAUAAAUACUUCUGUACAGUAUUAGAUUCACAAUUGCCAUAUAUACUGGUUAUAUUUUUCUACUUGUUAAAUUUGAAAGCAUUUUGUAUUGUUUUUCAUGGUUGUUAACAUUGUGUAUGAUGUGUCUAUAUAAAGAAACUAAAUUAUUUCAUUGCAGAAGGUGCUCUCUUGAGAAUGUGUUGUCUUUUUAAUAAAUAAGAAAUUCAUUUCCACAGAACAUUUCUGAAUUAUUUGAAUACUUCUGCCUUCCUGGACUGUUUUCUCUAAUUGCUAAUGAAUGUGCUAAACUUUACCUUUCCAUUUUUCUUAGUUUAAAGUGUGGAUUAAUAAUUUCUUUUCCAUUUGAAAAUAUUAUUGUAGUUAACAAAUUGUUCAGUCCUGCUUUAUGAAAUUAUUUCCUGUCAAAGUGGUGGUACUUACACAUGUUGGGAAAUGCACACCCAAAGGACAAUGGAAGUCUCUGUGUAAUUUGAUAUAUUAACUGCUAUAUUUAACCUUCAUAUUCACUGUUAUAACAAGUGCUCCUCAAUUCUUUGGCAGUACAGUGCAGGAUUCAUGGCAGAUUUUUAAAGAUUCUAUGGGGACCAGUUCAUAAAAUACAGUUAGCUAUAGAAAUAUGGUCAACCUGAAAGCUUCUUACAAUCUCUGGAUGUAUGCAUACUUCAUAGAGAGGUAUGGUUGAGAGAAUUUAAGCAAUAUAGAGACUUUUUCAAGGCUGCUUUUGACUGUUCCUACAUUUCAUAGCACAUUUGUACUUUUUACCAUCACUGAAAAAAAAACACACCAGAAAAAUUAGAUGGUCUACAUUCCAGUAAGCAGCAACUUCAUUCACAUAGCUACCACAUUUGUCCCCUACUUGAGGCUGUUUUUUACGAGUUUUCAGUUGCUUCAUGCAACUGAAAAUUGCCUGUGGACUACUGUUUGUUUAAUCUCCUUCCAAGAACCAUGAUGCCAGGUCUUGAUUAGAUGUCUGUUGUGGGAUUAACCCAAAUUCCAUGAACUUUCCUUGUUUCCCAUCUGCUUACAAUGGAAGUUAGAUGUUAGUACAUUGGUAAAACCUGCAGUUGUCCUUAUCUAUAGUGGUUAUGAUGUUUUGUUAGCCAUCAGUUUCUGCAGUUAGAUUUAAUCCAGUUUCCACACAAGGCUUCUUAGAGUACUUUCAAUCUAAGCUACUGAUUUUUAUUUCAUGAUCUUGAGUUUAGUUGUUGAAUGUGCAAUAGCAACACCCAGUAAAUUUGAACUUGCAGCUGAUUGUUGCAAUCCUUUAUAAAAUUUAAAUGUAGAUUAAUUCAUUUUUUUCUGGUGAGCUAGUGCAAACUUGGGCACUAUGACAAGGUAUUGUCUGGAUGCAAAUAUCCCAUAUUAUGCCUCUUGCAUGAAAAUUUGCAGAUGCUGUCCCCUCCUCUCCCACUCCUUGUGCACCUGCCCAAGCUGUAUUCAACCUCAGAGAGGUUGGUGGUGUUUUAUAAAGCCUACAACGAAAUGGUAUUGUACUCAAUAAAAUAUUUUCUGAAUUGCA